AUGCGGCGGGCCACAGUCACCGCGUCGAUACAACGCGCGGGACAAUCGCGUGUGUACCGCACCCCAUUGGGUGGUGCCUACUUUGAACAGCCGUUGCCGUCGUCGCUUGGGGCCUCGCGCGCCAAAGGGAAAGACCUCAGCACGGCUAACAUCAGCACGAAGGGGCGCGGGACGCGAGGGAAAAAACGACCUCUCCGUGCUCCUCUUACCGCUGAAGGUCUCAAGUCGCAACUGCGGCAACUCGGGCAGGAAGCGGCUAUAUACAAGCAGCGCCGUACAGAUGAGGGCGAGGUGAAACUUGCGGAAGACAGUCAUCGCGACAUGCGGUGGCGGGCACUUCACAACGAGGAUGAAACGGGAACUGCAGCAAUACGUGCCGCUAACGAGCGUUCGCCUGCCAUAGUGGCGAAUCAGGGCGGUUUGAUGUUGUUGGAAACGGGAGACGAUGAAGAACUGGGGAACGACCUCGUGAUACCGGGAAGCAGCGUGCUGGGUAGUGAUCUGGAUCGGCUAGAACGUGACAUGAUGCGUGAUUACCACCAGCGUGGUAAGGAACUUCCGCAUUUUGAUAACGUCUACGCGACAUUCGGGGGCGGAAGACGUGGUAAGAAAUCGUACCACGUUCUUGCAGAGGAGUACCGGCAGCAAAUGGCAACAGGGAGGGCAGCUGCAGAGACGGGAGCAUCUGCUCGGGGCGUCAACUUGUGCCGUGGUCAGCAACAUAAGGAUGAAGAUGAGGCUGGAGACGAUGACAUGUUGCCACCGGAGGCAAACCCUCACUUCCCCGUUACAGUAGUGGAGGUUGGUGCCGUGUCUGCUCUUGCUGCAGCUACAGCUACAGCUACGCAAUUGAUAGGGCAGGCAGCUUCCUCCUCUUAUCCAUUGUCAUCAUCGUCUUUUUCUUCCCCUCCGCAUGACGCAUACGGAGCGCAGCCUGUAGGUAACCACCUUCUAGAACUGCGGGGUGCUGAGUUUUGGGAUGACGCGGAGAAUCGUGAACGGCUUCGGCAGAUAACGGACUACGCGGCGGAGGGCUACGCACACGAGAUGUUGGCAGAGGGGGUGGUGGACACCAGCGAGGUUGGCUAUUCGGCAAACAGGGUUCGCAGGGAGACGCUGCUGUAUUUUCAGGCGCAUCCCAUCAAUGAGAUGAUUCAGGAGCCGUUUGUGCGCAUCCGCAGCAUCUUGCCAAGCGACGGAGAGGCGGAGGUGCACUUUCCUGUGGGCGACGCGGACACCGAUGUGGACCUUCCUGCAUCGCAAGCACGGCGCAUGGCCCGUGAACUGGGUCUCGACCUUAUCCGGGUGGGGGCAAUCCACACAGACAAGAAUGACAGGCGUGUAAUAGCUCUCUGUACCAUUGCAGAUCACCGGGAACACAUGCGUGAUAUGAUUCGAUUCAAGAUGCAGAAGCUUGGUGUUCAGCCUCCGCCCACGAAGGAGUGCAUCGAGGUGCCUUUCCGUGGUGGAACGCAUCCCCACGCCAUCCGCUUCAAAAGUAUCGGUAUUGCGAAACACCUGCUUCACCGGCGCGUGGUACGCAUUAACCUGACCAAGUUCGGCACACCAAAGGAGGGGUUUCCGGUGUUUCGCACCAUCCUCGACGAAGUAAAGACGCAGGCACUCCAGUUAAAGGCGUAUCACACCGCCGGCAUGGUGCGAGCUAACUACAACGAGGUGUACUGCUACCUGUUUCCUUCGACGGGGCGGUCGCCCAAGACGACGGUUACGCACCCGACACAAGCACAGCUGGAUGCGACGCGUGAUCAGCGCAUCCUCGAGGACGAGAGGGAGAUCUACUUUGAUGACCUCAAUAACAAAAAAACCGCCCGGGAGAGAUUGGCGUACAUACAAAAGCUAGAAAAGGGCACGGCGUGGGCGGACAAGGACGAGGGCCUUUCACUGCAACGCCAACGUGACAUCAAACUUAUGCUUGGAUAUCUGCCCAAGGGCAAUCAUGAACUUUACGCGGCACGCGGCGACGUUGACAUCCCCUCCCCAUUCCGUGCAAGCCACCCAACCUCCGUGGAGCGAUGGACACAUCCACCGGAGACGAACUUGGAGCAAGCAUCGCGGGGGGCGGCAGUGCUUGGCAAGCGGCUUGCCAUGACAGUGAGUGAGAUGCACGAUAGACAGGAGACGGCAGAUAACCCGACGACGUUAGAUCGCUUUUACUACCGAUUGCAGGGUCCGGCUUUGGAGGCGGGUGAAUUGAAGGAGGCACUUGGGCUGAAGCGCAAUCGCAAGUUGGUGCCAAGACAUGCUCCCGGUUGGGGUACACUUGGGAUGCCAAAGAACCCACCGGAGGAGCCGGGAUACGCGGCGAAGUAG